ACUUCCAGGCUUUGUUCCCUGCGUCUGAACCCGCCUCCUGCUUCUGUCUCUUCAGUGAAUGUCGUGGAGGCUCUGCAGGAGUUCUGGCAGAUGAAGCAGUCGCGUGGUGCCGACCUGAAGAACGGAGCCCUCGUGGUGUAUGAAAUGGUCCCUUCCAACAGCCCCCCUUAUGUCUGCUACGUCACCUUGCCGGGGGGCAGCUGCUUUGGCAGUUUUCAGUUCUGUCCAACCAAAGCCGAAGCCAGGAGGAGUGCCGCGAAGAUUGCGCUAAUGAACUCUGUCUUUAACGAGCACCCGUCCCGGAGGAUCACAGACGAAUUCAUUGAGAAGAGCGUUUCGGAGGCCUUGGCGUCUUUCAACGGUAAUCGUGAAGAAGCCGAUAACCCAAACACCGGAAUCGGCGCUUUCCGUUUCAUGCUAGAAUCCAAUAAGGGGAAGUCCAUGCUGGAGUUUCAGGAGCUGAUGACUGUCUUCCAGCUGCUGCAUUGGAAUGGCAGCCUCAAAGCUAUGAGAGAGCGGCAGUGCUCACGGCAGGAGGUGCUAGCUCACUAUUCGCACCGGGCCUUGGAUGACGACAUAAGGAACCAGAUGGCCAUGGACUGGGUGAACAGGGAGCAAAGCACUCCAGGAGCCCUCUCCAGAGAGCUGGCCUCAACAGAGAGGGAGCUGGAUGAAGCCCGCCUGGCUGGGAAAGAGUUGCGUUUCCACAAGGAGAAGAAGGACAUCCUGAUGUUGGCAGCCGGGCAGCUGGGAAGCAUGCAUCCUUCCACCUGUUAGACUGUGCAUGUUGGCCGUUCCAUGGCCCUGGGCCUUUUAACAACUCUGCUGAUUAGCACAUGCAGCAGUUCUUCCUCCAGAAUCAUGGCCUGUUUUGCACAUUUUUUUUAAAAAGUUUUUGUUUUUUUUUAAGUUCCUGUACAGAUUUUUUUUAAAUCCGUUUUUAAUACUCUUUGAGUUUGUAUCUGCUAAAGAAUCCCUCCACCUUUUCAGUCUCAAAGCAUGUCUUUUUAAAGGCAGCCUUUCAGUAUUAACCCUACUCUAAAGACCUCUGUUCUACCUAGGUACUGUGUGGAUAAUGGUAUGAAUGGGAAAUGGACCAUUUUCCUUCAGCACAGCUGUACCCUGUUGGAUCUGAGUGUGUGUGAGGCAAGCCUGCCUUUCUUUCUGCUUUUGCAGCUGGAGGGGUUUUACCAAACCUCUUGCACCUUGAGAAGCACAGCAGCUAGAGAUGCCUUCUCCUCUGUAUGCAAGAAUACAUGCUGCAUUGGAGACUGUGCUAAAGCAAGUAUGGGGAAUUGCAGAGCUGGGAUUUUUGCUUAUAGCCUGUCCUGUCCAUCCAGAUUCCAAGCUUGGGUAGGGUGUCUGGGUCCAUUUCUGCCCUGGCAUUCUCUUUCCUAUAGAGUAGGCUCCAGAUGCCUGCCUCGCAGACAUUCAAAGCGAAUGAUUCACUUAAUACCAAAUGACAGGGCUCCUAUGUGGCUUUUUUUGAGGGACUGGGCUUGGCAAUAAGGAAUUAACCUUAGCCUUUUAAUUAAGUCUCUUCUAGAUGAAGAGGCCUCUAGCCUCCCUCCCUUUUCUCUGGGGUUUGACCUAGCUUGGAAGGAAGUGGGGUAGGAAAGAUGACCUUGGAGAUGCCAUUUUAAGCUCCGCCAGUAGGUGGUGGUGCAAAGUGUCUAAUAUGCUUGACUGCAACCAAGCAUCUUUGCAGUAUUGUAGUGUCCCCUGCCUAGCUGGGGGAAGCCCAAGUUCUGGGCUUGUCCUAUGUGUGUGUCUCUCUCUGGCAUCAAACUUUUGGCUCUGCAGUUCCAACCUGGCUUAAGGAUGCCUCCAAUCUGGAUGCUGGAUGUGAAACCCUUUUCCAGGAAGCCCUGAAAAGAAUUGCCAGAUUGAUAGAGCUGGCUAAGAGUGGAAAAUGGAGUGCAGAGCUGUUCAGGGCAUAUCCUCACUGGCCUUGUAUUUACCACCCAAUUAACCAUUAUGGAGUUUAACCUCUUGAACUAGAACAUGAGCGUCUCCAGCAAUAAAAGCUCUGAUCUGGAGCCGAACUUUAUGGCUUGGCUUUAACUAUACUUGGCUGCUCUUGGUCAGGGUAGAGAAGUCAGAACCCUGAUACAGACAGUGCUGCAUACAGCACUGGAUCCUGCCUAUAUUAUAAAAUUGAGGAAACUGCUAGCAUGGACAGUUUUGGGUUAGGCACUAAAAGAUUCAGUUAUAGCGUCAGUGUGGAAAGAGGUGACUUGCAAGGAGCUACAAAACCCCACUUUGGAACUUGUCCUGUUUUUAUAGCAUUGGUUGAACAGAACAUUUCUGAAAUCCAAAUCUAUAUAUGCACUUUUUAAUGAAAAGAGCUUUGCUCUUAGUAUCAGUAUUAGUUCCAACGCUGCAAUACAAGUAUCCUUGUAAACAGCAAAGCUCUUCCUGUAGCUCAAGCACAGAACAAAAAUUUCUGGCUACAGAAGAGCAGUGCACAAGGGGAAACCCAGACAAGACACUAACUCUAUUUCUAGCUCCUGUCUAGGGUCUGUGAAACAGGUUAUGAUAGUUUUGCAGCCAGCUAGACAAUCUAGGCUGCAGUCAGCUGUGUAAUCGCAGCUCUCAAACUCUGGGGUUAUCCUGUCUACUGAAGGAUAUAACCCCCAAAUCCAGGGAUAAUUCCUGGAUGCUUAUGGCAGAGAUGGAAAAACUGCAGCUUUGUGGAGAUAGGAGCAUGUUACUAUCAAUUCACAUCUGUAGAAAAUGGAAUCUAAGCACAACCGUAGGACUGUGGCUUACUGGCUUCCUCAGCUUUUGCUGAGGAAGGGGAAUUGGUUUGAGAACAUCUGAAUGACCCCGUAUUUCACAUCUGCCUCAGGUUUGCAGAUUACUGUUAUCAAACAGUUCCAGUCUGCUAAAUCCUCCCGUGUGCACAAAUGCCACUACAAUCCAAGCCAGGGAUUAAUUGCUGUGGUUACCAAAUGGGAACAUUUUGCUGCCUACUCCAGGACAUAAUAAGUAGUCAUUUCAGCUCAGACCACGGAGUGGACUGCUGAUUCUAGGAGGGGGAUGCAGUGACAGACGUUUCGGGGCUGAUGGGGCUCCAAGUCAUCAACUAGGUACAGUUAGCUGUAUACCAUUGUAAUGAUGUCAGAUAUGAAGCUUCAGAUCAGCAACGCAAGCUUUUGCUCGCUCGUCAGACUCAUGCUUUGCCACUGUGGGCAAAAACAUUUCCUAGAAAGUUCCAGGAGGCAAAUCAAUUGUCCUGUGUCCUGAAGCAUGUGAAAUGCGGUGCAGUGGAUCAGCUCGUAGCAUGAAAAUGCUGGUCUAGCAUUCCUGGCUUAUGAACCUUUUCCUUUACUCAGCACUUAGAGACAAGAGUCCUGCUUCGUAGCCAGCCAGAGGGAAAGGUCAGAGUAAGUCUAUCACCAGUACGGUACUGGCAUCCUUGAUUCCUAGCACAGUUGAGAUUAAGUGCCCAGCCCCUAGACAGUGCAAUCCAACAAAGGAGCCAAUGGCUGGUGCACAAGAUAAUCUUUCUUGCAAUAUAUUAAAGCCUUUUAAACAUAUGGUCCAGAGGAGAAGGUGGGACUGCCCUAUGGAUGCAGAGCUGAAGGUUUUAAGUGCUCUGACAUUUUGAGAUCUUUUUUUGGGUCUUCCCAAACUUAAUUGUCUAGUCCCUGAGCACACAUCUGAAGUCAGGACUUCAGGAUCCAACACUUUUGCUUGUUCCACAGAAUUCCUCUCCUCUCCUAAACAGCCCUUUUAUUAAGGACGUUUAGACUAAUAGCACAUGGAUAUUCAAGCAAUGGUUUUCUCUCUAAACUAAAAUCAAGGCAUUAUUCUUAGGCCUUCUAGUUUUAUAUCCCUGUCCUAACAAGCCUAUGUUUGGUUUUUAUAUAUUUUUUAUAUGCAGCCUUUUUACACAACAGUAUUAAAUAUCUAAUGCGUUUAUAAAUUUGAUUUGUAAAUGGCAUUUUUUUACAGGUUGGUUGAUGUUUGACCCUGUACUGGAUUUAAUAUGUUCUUCUAGCAAUAGUAUGGAGUCUAACUCUUUUAACUAGCACUUCUACUUGCUUAUCAUGUAAAAAUGAAGUGUGUGAAAGUGAUUUAUCUGAAUGCUCAUGUCAUUUUCACCUGAGAGAGCUUGCAGAACUGGCCCUAAAUAUAGAUUUCUAGAAACACUACAAGUUUCUAGUUUAUUUUGAAUGCCAUCAUGUAUUUCCCAUCUGAACUAUGGACCUAAGUGUUCUGCCUUCCUAUUCCACACCCAUGGUAGAAGGUGGUAAUGUCUGGCACUUGUUGACUCUCUCCUGGCACCCAGGAUCUCUCAGCUAGCCAGUCUGUAGGCUAACAGGCACAUGCAGUGUCCUUAUGAUAGCUCAGGGGUGGGCAAAACGCAGGCCGCAGGCGGCCCACCAGGCCAUUCUAUCCAGCCCAUGGGGCCCCUAAAAAUUUAGAAAAUUUAAUAUUUAUCUGCCCUGGGCUGCCUGUCAUGCAGCCCUCGAUGGCUUGCCAAAACUCAGUAAGCGGCCCUCCACCCAGAAUAAUUGCCUGCCCCUGUGAUAGCUACAUAAUCAAACCAUCCCGCUUUGAGAUCUGGGGGAGUGCCCAGCUAGCACAAAUGUAAGUCUUGUUUGCUAGCAACGUGGGGGCAGGGAGAAAUAGCACCAUUCGGAUAUUUGCAGUCCAUUUUCUGCUUCGCUUUUUGGCUAAAACUAGAAAGCUGAUGCCAUACGGAGCUGCGCAGGAUUAUAUUCUGAGUAGUAACCACUUCCUGGUGCCAUGUGAAAAUGAAGUCAUCUUUUGAAAUAAAUACACUCGAACAGUCAGUUUUCUGUGCCCAAAGGCCAAGUUGCGUUAAUGAGACAGCUCUGUGGUAGGAGCAGCAUAUAAAAAUGCAACAAACAGUAGCUUGUUUAUGGAGCAAUGCAUGUGCAUUCUCCUCUGUGCAGUGACUCUUCCUCGGGCAAGUAAGAUAUCAUUAGUUUUGUAUGGGCUACUGAACUCUCAUGGUAGUUGUGUGAGUAGGCUUUAAAUAGAGCCUCCUCAACAGCCUGUGACUCCCUCUUCUGAGACUCAAAUGCUAGUUCAGUCUUUGUUUAGCAAUGGCUUGAAUCAGACAGACUCUUAGCAUCUGCCUUUGCCAGCACUCCCAGCUGGGGGAAGAUAUCAGACCGCACUACAUGCCCUUUUUCUCCUCGCAAAAACAUGAUUCCCUGGGUAGGACCAGUUCAGCUUCAUUAUAAAUGAGCAUCUGACACUUUGUUCCUCUUGUUUUAAUUAAAACAGAUCUUGGAACCUCAUGAGUCUCAAGGGAUGGAUCAGCAGCCAGGAGAUCCCCACGGCUCCAGUGCUGUUAAUAGCCUAGCUCUCUCGGCAUCCAAAGUCCCUUCCAAUUUUCCCAGCAUAGAGUCCGAAUCAAAAACCAGAGCAAGAUAAAUUGCCUUUCACACACUGCCACCACAUCCUCCAUUGUAUGUCCAAGUUCAGUACAACACGUGCAUUUUGUAUGUAUAAUUUUUAUACAAUAAAACACUAGAUUUUUUGGGUA